UACUCGCUGUCGCGGCCUCGCACUGCUUGCAGCCUGUGAAAAUCCAGCCAUAGCUCGAGUUAGACGGAGACGUACAGUCGGUUAGUUCUGGACAUGUCGGAGGUGAAGUGGCGUCUCUUUCUACUGGCUACUGUGCAUGCGUGGGAUAGUCGAAGCAAAAAUAUUCUGUUACAAUUCAGCAAAGGGAAAAGCGUGCGAAAGACACACUUUGGUAUACAAGCUUUUUGAAGGACUGUACCGGUGCAAAAGAAACAGCAGUUCACCUUCAGGGCAUCUUUCUCCCUCCGGAAAACCAAGCGUAUACAUAACCAUACAAGUGAUUGUUCCAGUAUUAUUAUAUUUCAGUGAGAAAGAACUUCGGUUCAGUUACUUGACGUUUUGACGUGUUCUAAAUCAUUUAUCGAACACUUGGCGAUUGAUAUUACGUUAUUAACGCGUGUGAAGUGACAAACUUACCUGCGAGGAGCCCUCAAAAGUGAACUAAAUUUUCUACUUACGUUAAUAUGCUUACAAUUGAUUGAGAUUGAGUUUGUAUCUUGUAACCUGAAAAUCUAAGAGAUGUAAAUAUUGCUUUUCUACGUAUUUACUACCCACAAAAUCGGAUAUUGCUGCAUGGUGAAACUCUGGGCCGGACACUACGCAAAGCAAAAUGACAACUCCAUCGGCCAACGUUCCUGUAUCUGUAAUACUUAAAAAUAAAAGCGAGUUUGAGGAUGAACCAAGAAAAAAGAGCAGGGAAGAUUGGCGCAAAGCAAAAGAGCUAGAGGAGGCUCGGAAAGCAGGUACUGCGCCUGCAGCUGUUGACGAGGAAGGGAAAGAUAUAAAUCCACACAUUCCUCAAUACAUCAGCGCUACACCUUGGUAUUUUGGUGCAGAGGGCCCAACACUCAAACAUCAAAGACCUCAACCUGAGAAACAAAGACAGUUCAGCCACUUGGAUGAAUGGUACAAACGUGGUGUAGAUACAAGCAAAGUAGCAGUAAAGUAUAGAAAAGGAGCUUGCGAAAAUUGCGGAGCUGUUACGCAUAAGAAAAAAGAUUGCAUGGAAAGGCCUCGAAAAAUUGGGGCUAAAUUUACUAAUGCUAAUAUUGCGCCAGAUGAAUUUGUCCAACCUGAUUUAUCUGUUGAUUACGAUGGUAAAAGAGAUAGAUGGGCAGGCUAUGACCCAGCGGAACACAGAGCUAUUGUUGAAGAAUAUCAAAAAAUAGAAGAUGCCAAGAGACAAAUGCGUGCUGAUAAAUUAAAUGCAGAAGAAAACGACGAGCAAGAUUCGGACAAAGAUGAAGACAAAUACGUAGACGAGGUGGACAUGCCUGGUACAAAAGUUGACUCAAAGCAAAGAAUUACUGUACGAAACUUGAGGAUUAGAGAAGAUACUGCUAAGUACUUGCGAAAUUUGGAUCCAAAUUCAGCAUAUUAUGAUCCCAAGACGAGGUCUAUGAGGGACAAUCCUUACGCAGGGACGGAUCAAGAGGUUGCUUACCGAGGGGAAAAUUUUGCACGUUUCUCUGGUGACACUCAGCAACAUGCUGUUGCACAGCUGUUUGCAUGGGAUGCUCAUGAACGCGGUGUUGAUGUUCAUCUUUUGGCCGAACCCACUAAGCUUGAAUUACUCAAACAGGAAUACGAUAAAAAACGGGACGAACUUAAAGACGAGGCACGUGGUGGUGUGAUUAAGAGAUACGGAGGUGCGGAACAUCUUCAGGCACCACCUGCCGCUUUGCUACUUGCUCAGACUGAAGACUAUGUCGAAUACUCGAGAUAUGGAAAGGUGAUUAAAGGUCAAGAAAAGCAAGUGAUACGUUCAAAAUAUGAAGAAGAUGUUUUUCCAAACAAUCACACAUCGGUUUGGGGUUCCUACUGGGAAGGGGGCCAUUGGGGAUAUAGGUGCUGUCAUUCAUUUGUUAAGAAUUCCUAUUGCACUGGUGAUGCUGGAAAACAAGUCACAGAUGUACCAACCCCGGGGCCUACCUUAAUAGAUGAACAGAACCAAAAAGUAAGAGAGACUGACAUAUUAGAGACCAAAGAGGAACAGAUGGUAGUUGCACGAGAUGCUGAACAAAACAGCGAUUCCUCAGUCAAUGACAAGGACUCAAGUGAUUCUUCAAAUGAGGAAGAGAAUUGGAAAUCAAAAACAGAACGUAAAUCAAAAUCCAAAAAGAAGAGUAAGAAACGAAAGCAAAAGGAAAAACGAAGGAAUAAAAAGGCAAAUAAAGAUGAGGAUAAAUUGAAAGAAGCUUUAAGAAAAGAAGUUGAAAAUCAAAAGGAAGCAGACAGACUGCUAAAAAUGGAUGAACGAAAACGGCCUUAUAACAGUAUGUUCGAAGUUAAAGAACCAACUGCAGAAGAAAUUGAAGCUUUCCAGAUGAAACGAAAACGUGACGAAGAUCCUAUGGCACAUUUUCUGAAUAAAUAAUCUUAAUUUUUGAUCCAGACAAAUCGAAUUCAAUCUAAAAAUUUUAUUUGUCGAUUAAUGAUCAGAAACUUCAAAAUCUGUACAAAGAACCUCCGUUAUUAAUGUAAAUCGUUUGUUUACCGAAACUUAUCCCGUUGUUGUAUUUAUUAAAAAAUAAUAUCUAUUGACAAUGUAA